CAACGUGCGCUUGUUACGAAACGAUGUUACGAAACGUAAACGAGGUAUAUAUAUAGGCAAGAAUGAUCAUUUCUUGUUCAUUGACAAAUUGAAUGUUUUCCGUGUGCGUUCUUUACUAAAAACAUUAAAGGUUUGGAAAGGAAGCUUGAUUAAAAUCAAAGUAUUUUAGGUAACAGAACAAAAUGGGACACAACUGCAUACUGCUUGUCUUAACUUUGCUGGUUCCGUGUUUCUUCAUCGUGGUACUGAUCUUCAACGGGUUAGCGAUGGACUCGGGGAAUGGUUUGUAUGAAUCAGACACUGGAACAUUAUCCGACAAAUACUAUCUUGAGAUAACCCCCGCGAGCUGGACGUUCAGCAUCUGGGGCUUUAUUUACACGUGGCAGGCACUUUGGAUAAUCUACGCUAUAGUGAAUCUAUUUCGCAGGACAGAAAAAGGUCCAUACUACACGUAUCCUGUAUUACUUCCAAUACCACUUUUAGUGAUUUAUCUUGUGAACCUAGUAUUAAACUGUGGUUGGUUAAUUGCUUUUGACAGAGAAAUUCUUGAGCUCGCGUUUGUUCUCCUUCUCUCGAUCACGCUUACAUUGUACGCCUGUCUUUUCUUCUCAUACCGCAACCUCAACAGAGGAAUUGACAUUUUAAUCAAGCAAGAGAGAAAGUCUGAUGUUUGGCUGACAAGAUUCUUAGUGCAAAAUGGACUCAGUAUGUACGCCACGUGGUGCACCAUCGCAACUCUUUUGAAUUUCGCUUUCCUUCUUGCGUACCGGUCUGCACACGAUAUUGGACAAAGGAACGCUUCCACAAUCAGUCUUGGCAUCUUGUCAGGAGUGAUCGCUCUAUUUUUAGUUACAGACUGGUUUUUCUUAGACCGAUACACGCGCUACACAUUCACUCCUUACAUCGUACUCGUUGUAGCUUUUACCGGAAGUUUAGCAAAGAACUACGACGAAGGAGCAAGAAAUACCAUAUUUACAAUCGCAUUGCUGGCGGUGUCUGGGGUAGCUGCUCUGACGAAAGUUUGCUUAUUGUUUUGGAGACACUGUAGGAAAACUGAAGACGGUGUCAAAAUAACUGACACUAGUGGAAUAAAAGUUUGAACACCAUGUAGAUAGAAUGAAAUUGUUGUUCUGUGUUACAUGCCAUUGAUGUUAUAUACAGAAAGAUACCAGUUAGUGCGUAUAUGUAUGCUAGUUGUGCCAUAGGGCAGUAUGCAAUGAAAAAAUAACAAAUACUAUACUGCAGUGGACGGUAAAACUGAAACUGUUUGCAGAAUUGAAACAGCUAUUUAUAGGUGCAAUUUAUGUCCGAUUUUGCUUUUUUAGUUUUAUUUGUUUAUACGCAUACAAUAUAGUUUUAAUAUUUCAUGUCUCUAAAUAGGAUCUGAGUCAGAUUACGGCAACACACACUGUAUCAGUGAUUGGUAAAUUAUUCAUUUAUAGGUAUGAUCAAAUAUUGUUCUACAUUUAUUUUUGUAUGUAUUUUGGUUGAAGGUUGUAAUUUUUAUAGCUUCUUUUGAUCAAAGUAUGUAUUUGUGAUAUCUGUUUGAUCGAAAGUUUUUACUCUUUUCUUUUUUCUUUAUAAACUUUGUCGAUAUUUUUAUGUUUUUGUACAACUAUCUGCAUCAUCUAUAUUUUAUAUUUUCUGAAAAGCCUUUUACAUGUACAUAAAUUCAAUUAUCUUAUUAUUUGUAAAGUAAUGUGCUUUCACAUUUUCUACAAGAAUAAAGCAUGCGAGAAACACA